GAUAUAUCGCAUGCUGCGUGGUCUGCCAUUUCCUUUGUUUCUCUUUGACUGCUCUUAAAGCCGACACAAAGUGUGAAACUGGUGAAUGUCUCUUCAAACGGCAUUAGAUAAGAAGACAGCAUGAUGCGCUUUGGACUUCCAUUUUAUACUUUGUUGCACCUCACUCUACACGGACCUGUCUUAUCGAGAGUGUGGGUAAAUCAGUGGUCUACACUCGAUGAGUACAGAGUUGGAGACACGGCAACUCUGCACUGCGCAAUUUUUUCAGAUAAGGAGACCAUUGAGGAUUGUGACAUGGAGUGGGCCAUGCUCGACCCAAACAACCCAGACAUGAGUAUCGAAAUUAGAGAAUCCAAACUGUACGCCGGUCGGGUCAGUGUGCAGAGUAAGGAUGACACCACCACAGUUAUAAUACAAAACCUGGGACUGAACGACACAGCGCCCUUGUGCAUCAUAGACUGCUUUCUUGAUGGACGGCUAAAGCGAAAAAUUGGGCAGGGAGGCAGUCUGAAGAUUGUGGAAUUAUCUGAUCCUCAUGGAGAGGGAUGGAUCAAGAAUGACACCGAGGUUGCGGACCAGGGGGUAGAUGGAGACUGGGGUACUGUCCAUGAAGAGGAAUCCUUAGCCUGGCUCAGCUAUUUCCUUUUUGCAGUGAACCUCCUCAUCUUCCUUGUGGUGACCGUAAUUUGCAGUACCAUAAUGUACAGAAGACUGCUGAGGAAAUGAAUGCAGUAGAUAAGCGUUUAGUGAAGUACUGCAUUACAAUGAGCAUCUGUUAUAGCACAUUAUCUCUGGCAAGCUGGCCAGUCCUUCUCUUUCCUACAGUCUUUGCCACUUUACUGAUGGAAGGAGAUGAACUCUGAAUAAUGGAACAGGAAAAGUAUGAUCCAGUUACUGGGCGAGAAGUGCAGCUGCUGGUGAUACCUGAUUAUACCUGUGUAUUGUAGCCAAAUUUGUAACGUUUGAUAGUGAAACCAAGUGUACACAGUAAAACUUGCAGCUGAGUUCACCCUGUUCUUCAAUAGCUUUGUUCUAAAUUUUGUAAAUUGGUUUUCCCCAUCUUACCCUACCAAGGGUAAAAUUCAUGGAAAUUUAAACCAAUUCCCUCCUUCAAAAGUGGCCCAUAUUGCUACAGUGAUACAAAAAUGUAUUCUUUCCUUAUAUUUCAGAGAAGGGAAACACAAAAUUAUUUUGUAUAAUAAAACCAUAUAAUAGAUGCUCACUGCAGUGUACUUCUAAAAACAUUUUACCACAGCAGUACAUACCAAGCACUUGCUUUCUGUUUUGAAAAUGGGAUUAUUUGUGGUUUUGGAGGUAUAGUAGCAUAUAACAAAAAAGAAAUAAUCUCAUAUGUGGAUUACCUGCUAGUUUGUAUACAUUUAUUUGCUAAAUAUAGUUGGCCAAUUCUCACGUGUAUCUGAAUUUCUCAUUGGCUGUAUGCAGACCUGGGUCAAAUAAGUAUUUGUUUUGGAUUCAAAUUUCUACGCUUCCAGAUACAUCUGCAUUGUCAUUUAGACAAACCACUGUAUCUUAACCACAGGAACCUUCUGCAAGCAGAACCGAGUAAAAAAAAAAAAAAAAACCUUGCAGAAUGCACAAGGCCUAAUCAUAGGACCUUGUGCAGGUACUCGAGGCACCAUGCCAGCUAUGAAAAUUUAUGAAAUUGCACAUUUGAAUUUCCUGUUCCUUUUCUGUAUUAUCAGUGUUGAGGGAACAAAACAGCUUUUAUGUCAGACAAGAUUCUAUGUGAAAAGUUAUUAUGUCAUUGAACAGAUUUUUUUUCUUCAAAAUGUCAGUUCACUCAUAUCAGUAAAGUAAUAUUAAUUAAUUUAGUAAUUUUCAUAUUAAAGUGUGAGAUUUUAAUCUUU